CUUUCCCCGGAGUGAGAGGUUCCCAUCGGCUUCCCCCAGUGUCCCCGCAGACGCCGCCAUGGGCAACACGAGCAGCGAGCGCGCUGGGCUGGAGCGGCAAGGUGGCCAUAAGACGCCUCGGAGGGACAGCUCGGGGGGCACCAAGGACGGGGACAGGCCCAAGAUCCUGAUGGACAGCCCCGAGGACGCCGAUCUCUUUCACUCCGAGGAAAUUAAGGCUCCAGAGAAGGAGGAAUUCCUGGCCUGGCAGCAUGAUCUGGAAGUGAAUGAUAAAGCUCCCGCCCAGGCGCGGCCAACCGUGUUCAGAUGGACAGGAGGCGGAAAGGAAGUUUAUUUAUCUGGCUCCUUCAACAACUGGAGCAAACUUCCCCUCACAAGAAGUCACAAUAACUUCGUAGCCAUCCUGGAUCUGCCGGAAGGUGAGCAUCAGUACAAAUUCUUCGUGGAUGGCCAGUGGACACACGACCCUUCCGAGCCAAUAGUAACCAGCCAGCUUGGCACCGUGAACAACAUCAUUCAAGUGAAGAAAACGGACUUUGAAGUAUUUGAUGCUUUAAUGGUGGAUUCCCAGAAGUGCUCCGAUGUGUCUGAACUGUCCAGUUCGCCACCAGGACCCUACCACCAAGAGCCCUACGUCUCCAAACCCGAAGAGCGGUUUAAGGCGCCCCCCAUCCUCCCUCCACAUCUGCUCCAGGUCAUCCUGAACAAGGACACGGGGAUUUCGUGCGAUCCAGCCUUGCUGCCCGAGCCCAAUCACGUCAUGUUGAACCACCUCUACGCUCUUUCCAUCAAGGACGGGGUGAUGGUGCUCAGCGCCACUCACCGGUACAAGAAGAAGUACGUCACCACCUUGCUGUACAAGCCCAUAUGAAGAGCGGCGGCAGCCAGCGGCCGCAGGGACAGCUGGCACCAGCAGGCUGCACGUGUGCAUGCUUU